UUUCAAAAUGGCGGAAGUGUAAGUGGGUGGGAGAUUUAUUACGAAAACAUUGCGAUGGGAAAUGUGUUUUGUUAGGUGCGCACUAACUACCAAACGAAGAUGCAUUUUUCAAUACCAGAUACACAAGAUUUAAAAGACGAAACUGGAUCAUCUUACACGAGCUUCAACAUUCACAUCAAUGGAGUGUUUCACUGCAGUGUCCGGUACAGUGCGCUGCACCAAUUUCAUGAACAGCUCAAAAAGGAAUUUGGUGGACUAUCAAUGCCACCAUUCCCUCCCAAAAAAUUUCUAUCAUUGACGCCGGCCAAAGUUGACGAGCGGCGACAACUGUUGGAGAGGUUUAUUCAAAUGGUGAGCCAGGAUCCUCAGAUUUCAAAUUCUGACACAUUUAAUGGAUUUUUCCUGAAAGCUCAACAGGAGACGCAAAAAGAGGCCUCAGAGGCUACAUCCCUGGAUGUGUACCUGAUGAACGGCCACAAAAUCACGAUCAAAAUAAUGUCAACAGACCAAACAGAAGAUGUUUUAGAGGCUGUUGCUUCACAGAUAGAACUGCCAGAUGAAUUUGUGUACUAUUUUGGUUUGUUUCUGGUUCAGAAGGAGGAUGGAGGAGAUAAUUCUAUUGUGAGGAAACUUCAGGAGUUUGAAUCCCCGUACAUUUCUCUGAAGUAUGCCAGUAAUGUGGGCACCCACAGAAUAGUCCUACGCAAGAGUAUCUGGGACCUGACGUAUGAAGAUGACUUGCUGGAUAACAAGAUCGCCAUGAAUCUCCUGUAUGUUCAGGCAGUAAGUGACAUUGAAAGGCAGUGGACCCUGGGUACAAAGGAACAGCUCCGUCACCUAGCAACUCUCCAGCAGAGGGGCUCCAAGCGGGAGUACCUGCGUCUGGCUCGGACCAUGAAGUACUAUGGAUACAUUCAGUUCAAACCCUGUGUCACGGACUACCCUCACCCUCACUCCCGAGUGUUUGUCGCCGCUGGGCACCGAGAACUCAACUUCAGAAUACAGACAGAUUCAAGCACAAUGAAAGAAGGAAGCUUCAAGAUCACCAGGAUGAGAUGUUGGAGAAUCACAACGUCUAUGUCUGAAUCUAACGGCGAGAUCGGGAUAGGGGGACAGCUCAGCAAGGCCAAGCUGGAGUUGUCCUUCGAAUAUUUAAUGGCCAAAGAUACACUGAAAUGGAUCACCAUAACAACAGACCAGGCCAUUCUGAUGAGUAUGUGCCUCCAGUCCAUGGUGGAUGAGCUGAUAAUGAAAAAACAGGGCAAAAAAAUUAAAAAGCCACAAGAUAGAUCAAAGUUGGAUCCUCGCAGUGUUCAACAAGAUAAUGGUUACUCUGGCAAAAGUGCAGAUGGAAAUCCAAAGGGCAAGAACAAAACAUUUGUUGAGAACAAUGCCUUUGAUACCAUUGGUGAUGAUGACCUUUAGAACUUGCUACCAUGGUGACCACAAAUGACCGAUUUUCUCUCCAGGAGAUUCGGAAGAUAAAUUUCAUCACAGCUUCUAGUCAGAGAAGAGAGCAGUUAAUGCAAGAACCAAUUCAAAAGUGUUCCUAAAUGGAGGUGCUACAUGGACUUGAUGGUAGUCCAAAUCAUUUGAAGCAUGCAUGUUAAUGUGAGAAUCAUCAAGCAUAUACGUAUAUGUGCACUUGUUGUUGCACUAGAUUAUUCUAUAGCUGAAUUGCAGCAGAAGAUGGUACAUGUCAUUCAAAUAUCAGUCCAAUUCAUAUAUUUUUGUGAAAAGCAUUCCAAUUUCUUUUUUAGAAAUGUCAGGUGUACAUGCUAUUACAUGUUGUAAUUUUGUGGUCCUGGUCAGAGUCAAAGCCAAAGAGUUGAUUGUACAUGUAUACAUAUUCCUUAUAUUGUGAUGUACUUUGUACAUAUGCACAUAUCGAUUGAUCAAAUUUCCCCGUCGGGCCAGUAAUAGGAUUUUAGUGUAUAAUGAGUAUUUUAUGCAUUCUUUAUGUGUUGUACUGGUACAUGAGUGUACGUAUGCAGGUAUAAUUAUGUAUUCAUUCAUUUUCCUCAAAGCUUAUUUCAUUGAUUUACAACUACCGGUUUAUUUUGUUAUUUGACAUUGUUUAGCUGGUCUGAAUUCAAUUCCUGUGUCAAAAUGGGAUGGUUCUUUGAAAACUCAUUAUAACGAUCAUCAAGAUUCAUCACAUUGUUUAAUCCAACUUUGCAUUGUCAUAUUUGGCAUGUAUCUUAGCAAAUUUUCUAGCAGGGAUGAAACACACAGCAUUGUAAUAUUAUUAAUACAUACUUAUCUUUUUGAGAAGUUUAUUAAGGAAAAAUACACGUCUGACAACUUUUAAGGAUUUAUGAAAACCAGUUUUUACAUGUUAAACUUGACUGUUCCAUUAGAGAUACUUCCUUAUUAACACUUUAAUUUUCGUAAAUCUAAUCAAUAAGCAACACAUUUUAUGACUGAAUUCACCAUCGUUAAAAAACGAUGACUUGAUAUAUGCUGUGUACCACAGCAGUUGGUUCUGCUUUUAAGAUAUUGUUUCUGUGAAUUUGUUACAUGGGUGUGCAAUAUAUCUGCUCUAAAAAGAGAGAAUGCUCAUUUGCAAAUUAAAAAAAAAUCAUUUUCAUAACCUAUAAAAUUUCAGCAUUAAAUCAAGUAGAAUAUGUGCAAGGUUUUUUGUUUUCAAUGAUAUACCCCAAAACUAAAGUUCAGAGUUCAUGCAAUAGUCAUACAAUGCAGGGCCUAUCUGUAUAGUACAUGUAUAGAUGUUGUUACUAUUUACCUGGACUCUCUAUAUAUAUACAUGUAUAGGACCACCAUGUUUGUAUCCACCUUAUCUGUUUAUUUUAUAUUUAUGAUGUGCCAUUAUCCCUUAGUUUUCUUAUCCAGUUCCUACAUCAUCAUUUUUCUUACACAGUUACACUGAGUCCCUGUUCACCCAAAACUUGCCAUGUAAAUUGUAUCUCAUAAUAAACAUAUUUGGUGUAUUUAGUUCAUAAUUUUUAGUAAAAUAAUUGUAAUUUUAUCAUAUACAUGUACAUGUAUUUAUUCAGGGGCGUAUAUACUAGUUUAUACGUCCCUGAUUUAUUUCACAAUAUGGCUCCUCAUCAGAUUUGGUAAUCAAGUUACACAUGCAUGUAUUAAUGCAAAAUAUUAAUUCCUGAAGAUACCCUACAUUUUCUGUACCUUCAUCUAUAGAGAUGCCUAAUAGAUACCAAUAAAUGUAAGAAUAAGAAUGUACUCGGAAAAGGCACUUGUUAAACCUAUAAAUGAUUGAAUUUCUGAACUGUUUACAAUGUACUUAUAAAUUAAUGUGGGAACUAGAGAGUUGUACUGUAUUUUGUUAAAUUUGUUGAAAAAUUAUAUGUAAAUUGUUAGUGAUGAAUUCUUUUCCUAUGUAUGUUUUAGCACAUUAUUUUUUGAGUAGUUUAAAGUUUUUAGUAUAAUAUAUAAAAAAAAAUUUAAGUAUACAUUCUUUACAGAGUUUUUUUAGCUCACCUGAGCUGAAAGCUCAAGUGAGCUAUUCUGAUCACAUUUUGUCUGUCGUCCGUCUGUCUGUCUGUCCGUCUGUCUGUCCGUAAACUUUUCACAUUUUCAACAUCUUCUCAAGAACUACUGGGCCAAUUUCAACCAAACUUGGCACAAAUCAUCCUUGGGCAAAGGGGAUUCAAAGUUGUGAAAAUUAAGGGCCACACUCGUUUUCAAGGGGAGAUAAUUAGAAAUUAAUGAAAAAUUUCGAGAAAUUUUCAAAAAUCUUCUUCUCAAGAACCAGAAAGCCAGGAAAGCUGAAACUUGUGUGGAAGCAUCCUCAGGUAGUGUAGAUUCAAAGUUGUGAAAUUCAUG